UGUCUCCUUUGAUAAACUUCGAGUUAUAAUUUUUGCGUCAACAGAAAAGACGAGUGACAAUAUUUAUUACGGCAAAGGAAAAUAUUUCUUCGUGAUUUUUCUCUUCUCUGUGCUUAACGUAGGUUGUCACGUGAUUUAUUCAACUGUAAAUAAGUACACUGAAAAAAAUCUUUCAUUCAUACCGAUUCGUAAUCUAACUCAACAUGCUUCGAGGACUUGUUGUGUGUUUUAUAUUGGGUGCAAAUGCUCUUGAACCGGGAUGCAUCAAUAAUUGGCCAAGCAGAUUCGACUAUGAACGUACCCUGUUAGAGAAACUGGUAUACCUUGAGCAGUUCAAGAGUGAAACCACUGCAAAACUUGCUGCUCAGCAACAACAAAUGCAAGAACUGUACUCGAUUUUACGGCCACAAGCGGCAUCAACGUACGUCAAUUGGGGAAUGCAAACGUGUCCCAAUGUAACAGGUACAACACAAGUGUACACAGGCCAGGUAGCCGGGGGGCAUUAUUCCCACGCAGGUUCUGGGGAAUAUAUUUGUUUGCCUAACGACCCAGAGUAUGACCAAUACAAUGAUACCAUUGAUGAGUGGAGAUCUUCGCUGUACGGCGCGGAGUACGAGACGGAUUUCAUUAAUUUCAAGGCCCUUUAUAAUCAUGACGUCCCUUGCUCUGUGUGCCUUUCUAAAGGGAAGACCACCCUUAUGAUACCAGGACGAAUCUCGUGCUACACUGGCUGGAUCAAGGAGUACCAGGGAUACCUAAUGGGAGAGUACUAUAAAAGUAAUGGCAAGGGGUAUGUUUGCAUGAAUAAGGAGGCUGAAUCAAUGCCAUCUAGCAACGCAGGAAUGAAUGGUGCCCUGUUUUACCCCGUGGAAGGUCGAUGUGGGAGCCUGAAAUGUCCGCCAUACACCGAUGGAAGAGAAUUGGCCUGUGUCGUCUGUUCCUUUAGUACUUAAGCGUCGGAAAAAAGUGGUUGCUGUCAAAUAGUAUAAUACAAAAUGUAACAGCUCGAGUCUAUAUCAUAACUUCUGCAAUGUUGCAAGUAUACACAAAUGUUCACCAUUAAUCCAUAUGUAUGUUUGUUUAAUAUUACCAACACUACUCGAUGAUAAAAACAAUAUUAACAUUUCUAGAUGUUAGGCAUAUUGAUUCAUAAUAACAAUAUUCUAUGAAAGUAUGCUGUGAACGAGUCAUAUUGAGCACUAACAAACCGAUACAGUGUUAUUUUGUAAAAAAAAACGUAUGAAUAUUCGUUUACACUUAGUAAUUUUAUGUAAAAUGGCUUUGCUUUAGUAUUCGUGACUCAAAUUAUGUAUUAUCCUAAUCGCCAAAGAAAAUGUCUAUCUAGUUUGACUAAAAUGUUAUUUAAAUAUCAUUACAGCGAUAAAAAAAAUUGCAUUUGGUUUAUAUUUAUAUUGAAAAAAAAAUUAAAUAAUUAUAUAAUAAUGUUAACAUGUAAUGUAUUUAUUUUAUGUUUGUCUUAUG